UGUGUUUCACUAUGUUCCCACCAGGGAUCGGAUGAGCUUGAUUCAAGACAACAUUCUGAAAUAAGAUUAUCAUAUGUUUAUUAUAAAUAAAAAAUGUUGCCCCUCCAUUUCAUUACCUGGUGGCCACAUUAUCUAAUGCAGUGGCCCCAGCCAUCUCAGUCAUUUAAUGACCCAGUGGCCAAGCAUUUCAUGACCUAGAGGCCCCAGCAAUUUGACAGUGUCUGAAUUUUUCAUGAUGUGUUGGCCCCAACCAUUCUCAUCAUUUCAUCACAUUUGGCCACCAGCCAUCCUUGCAUUUAAUGACCCAUUCACCCGAGAAUUUCUUUAAACAAUUGCCCAUCCACCCCGGCAUUUUAUGAAUAUGGCACAAUUAACCCAAGUGCUGUAGCAUUUGAUGACACUGUUGCCCCAGCAAAAAGACUCCCACUGCUUCUGCCAUUGGAGAGAGCAGAGCAUGUGAUCAAAACUUGAAUUUAGCACUCUGGUUGAAAUGCAUCAACGUUUUGGUAUGUUCCAAAUCAAUAAACGCAAACAAAACAUUUUACCAUUUAAGCUCAGCUUUGUUGCUAGAGGACACACAGCAACCAGUAUGUCAGCGCCUCAACAUAGCUGGAAGGCAAAAUCCUAGAGACCAGUUUUUUUUUGCCAAGUGGUGUAUCCUGAUACAAUCAAGUUUGCCUGACCUACAGCUAAAGGGGUAAAGCUUAGAGUGCCACUGCUGAUUAUGCUGACAAGAGUAAGCUUAUCGUGAGGAAGCUGGAAAAAGAAUCAAGUACAAUUUGAAUAUUGGAGCAAAAGGAACCAUGCCUCGUCUGAUGAUUCUACCACCACAGCUCCUACUUUAAUUAAUGAAUGGAUAUAAACGAUAUUUUAAUACAAUGCCCAACUGAGGUUUCUAGCUAUGGAGGGGAAAGAGGGCCCCCCUUGUGAGGUGAGAUUACCAACUCCUGGUGCCGAGAGAGAGGGGCCUGUCCACCCAGAACUGGGAGCUUUUGGGGAGUCCGCUUCAGAUGCAAUUAAACUGAGUGAGACCAGCAAUGAUGCAAAAAAGGAGGAGAUCGAGGAAGAAUUAGAUCCUAGAAUACAGGAAGAGUUAGAACGCUUGAACCAGGCAAGUGAAGAGAUCAACCUACUAGAAUUACAGCUUGAUGAAGCAAGAACUGCAUACCGCCGUAUACUCACAGAGUCUGCAAGACGCCUAAAUGGACUUGCAACUCAACUGGGAGCUUGCAUAGAUAAGGCUAGACCAUAUUAUGAAGCAAGAAGACUGGCAAAAGAGGCACAGCAGGAUACGCACAGUGCAGCACUUCGGUACGAACGGGCAGUCAGUAUGCAUGCAGCAGCCCGAGAAAUGGUCUUUGUUGCUGAGCAGGGAGUUACCGCUGAUAAGAACCGACUAGAUCCAACAUGGCAGGAGAUGCUGAACCAUGCUACAUGCAAAGUGAAUGAAGCAGAAGAAGAGCGUCUGCGCAGUGAGUUUGAGCAUCAACGUGUGACCCGUCUGUGCCAUGAAGCGGAAGCCAAAGUGCAAACUUUACAGAAAAGCCUGAAACGAUUAAUAAUCAAAAGUCGCCCUUAUUUUGAACUAAAGGCUCAACUGAACACCAUUUUAGAGGAGCACAAGUCCCGUGUGACUUUGUUGGAAAACUCUGUGGCUCAGGCAAAGCUUCGAUACUCUGGAACACUUCACAAUUUGGAGAAGAUCAGUGAAGAGAUUCAUGCUCGCCGAACUCAAAGCUCAGUGUUAUCCCAACGGGCCCCUCCUCUUGGGGCUGAAGCCCCUCCUUCAGUAAAGGAUGGAGAAACUGGGCCCCCUGCAGACACAGUAUCACUCCUCAGUUUGCAGACCAUUGCUUCUGACCUACAAAAGAGUGAUUCUGUGGAACACUUGAGAGAUUUAACUGAUGUAACCAGUUUGGAUGGGAGAGAAACUGGAGCUGUUGAGUCUGGGGGAAGUAGAGAGAGGGGGGAAGAUAGAGGGACAGGAGGAGCAUUUCGGCACCAUAGGAGUGUGAGCCUAUGAGUGGAAGGAUGAUGGGUAACUUUUAGGCAUCUUACAUGUGUGAAUCUGUUUUGGAGGAAUGGACAAUUUGCAGUAUUAAAACAAGAGCUUCUUGCAUGCAGAAGAGGUGAAUACGUGUGAAAAAAUGGAUAAUAGUGGGCUGCAUGAGGAGAACCUUAAAAUGGAUAAAAUGAGCUCUAAACUGAAAGUAAACUGUAGCUGAGCAUAUGUCUGACUUUUUUUUUUUUUUAGUCUGUCAGUGUUACUUUAACCAUAUGAUGCGUGUGUAGCAGAUAGUUGCAACUGACCGCACACAAUCAUAACUGUACAAUAGGUAAGGAAAUACUUUAUCUGUAAAAAGGGAUAGAUGACAGGCAGCAACUGACCUGCUGCUAUGAGAACUGCUUCUGUUUGAUGCAGCAUGCAACUGUCUUUUCUUUUAAACAAAUGAUUCUUGAUGUCGCUGUUUGAACGGUACUUAACUGUCUGUAUGAUUAUUUACAGCAGUGUAUGUGCAUAUAUGAAGCAGCAAAGUAAUCUGUAUAUAAAAGCAAAACAGUGUAAAGCAACAGGGGUAUGUAAAAUAUAUACUGACUAUAACUGUAAUUAAAGCGUGUUAUAACAUAA